AACUAAUAAUCGCACGCCCAACGUUAUCCGCCAUUUUGUAAGGAACUCGUUGUGAAAGCGUUGUUUUAAAGAUUUACCUUCUAUUUCUCCCUAGAAUAUAUUUGGUUACGGUUAUCUCGAUUAUUUCGCAUCAUGGAGGUUAUGCCGACAAGCGAAUUGUAUCUGGAUGGCGAGAGUGACGAAAAUUUAGAUGUCUUCCUCACUGAAGCACAGAAUGACCUGUUCGGAGAAAUAAGUAAGGAGGUACCGAUUGGAAAAAUGAGCGCGUUCGAUGAAACUGAAACUACUGAAUAUGAAUCUUUGAAUUUUAAGUCUAAGUCACCAACAAGCCUUGAGCAGCUAUCCCCUUCCUCCAACGGAUCCAGUGGUUCUGAAGGUCAAGAUUUCAUUAAAUUUCGUACACGAAGAAUGCAGACCAGAAGUCAGACUGAAUCAAAAAUAAACUCUGUUUCUACAAAGCCAAUAAAAGCCUAUAUAUUAAAACCUGUGUCCAAACCAUCACAACAGGAAGAGAAGCCCUAUGCGAAAAAAUAUAGUUCGAAUUACUAUGACACAGAUUCAAAUGUGUUUCAUUCAAGUAUGACAAAAGCUGCAUUAGCUGCUAGAGAACAAAGGCAAAAGAAAAAGAACUAUGUAAAAACUUUAGAGGAAACUGUCCACAACCUAAAAGAGGAAAACGCUGCUCUCAAGAAAUCCUCAGUUCAGUUAAGCAAGUCAAUAAAUGAAUUAUCGAACGAGGUGAAGUAUUUGAAAAGCGUUUUAGCCAACGAAAGUACUCUUUCUUCUCUUUUAGCUAAUCUACCACUAGUUACUAAUUCUAAUGGUUUGGCAAUACCAAUUAAUACUGGAAGGAAAAGAAAGCAUUAUAAAAGAGUGGAAACUUCUGAUGAUGAUAGUGAAAUUGAUGUUGAAUCAACUCCUAAAAAAGCUUCUAAACACGAUCAUUCAUAUGGUUGUCAACAACAGCAAAAAAAGAAGAAUGUAGUAGCAAAUCGAAUCGACUGGCUUCAAAAUUCGAAUGAACAAACUUAAAAGAACAGACUAUAAAGAAGACAAGCUUAUAGCUAUCAUCAUACUGAGUGCGGAAGAAUGUCACGCUCAUAGCCGUGAUAACGCUUGACCGUGUCAGUAAUUAUCACAUUCAUUUGGUGCAAGAUGACUGGAGAAAUUAUAUACUGCUUUUUCGAUUCAAAUAUUAAUAAUAAUUUCUCCGAUCAUCUUACCACAACUACAUUCCGCAAUCACGAUUUCGCAUACAUACGAAAGAAAGAGAACAAAAACAACAUAACUAAUAGUGAAGUGAUAUUAAUUAAUUACUUUUGUUUCAGCAGUUGGGCAUUUUGUUGGUCAAAGAUGGCCGGUAAUGUAAAUUCGUAUCGAUAAAAUCAGGGAGUUUGAGUAGUUAGGGAAAUGUUAUAUUAUUAUGUUUGUUAAUAACAGUUUCAAAAGAAGACGCUGCGCCGAAACUAGAAAAAUCUGAAGCUGAAAGUAAGGUGAGAGUAAACACAGUCGUAAGAGGUUCUAUCUGUAUGCCCAUAUUUUUGUAAAUAAUUUUUUAUAUACUUAAUGAGCGAAAUCCUUCUGCAGCACAAAUUAUAAAAAAUAGAACCAUAUCAAUAAUAAAAGAUUUAUUAUUCAAGGAAGGGUUUUGUGAAAAUGUAUACUUUUGUAAAAAAAAAUAUUGUAUUGUCACUUGAGAGAAUAAACUAUAAAUGUAUUAAAAAAUUUAUAUUUUUUUAAUGAUAAAUAUUGCAAUCUUAAUAUCAAUUUAUAAACAUGACCUGAAUAUUUAUCUGGUGUUGAGGAGUGUUCGAUAGUAUAACAGUUUAAGAAGUAAGUAUCUUAUUUUAAGCGAAAACAUGACGUCUUUAUGUAUUAUGGAAAGAAAACUUUGAUUUUUCGAUACUUUAUCGCACUUUACUCUUACCAUUAUUCAAAAGUCCGUAAAUUCUUUUCACAUUAGAAUAAGCAUUUUUUGGUAUAAUAUAAUGGUGAGUGUGAAUAUGAACGUCCUCGGAGACAUCUGUACGAUAGGGGCAGGGUUUCACUUGGACCAUAACAGUACCACCAGGUUUUGGAGGUUCGUAGGGGUCCCUUAACUCAAAUCUCUUCAUGGUUGAAACAUAACUCACCCUCGAUCUAAUAGUCAACUGUUUGCUCGAUUGUUGAAUUGUCCCUUGAAGAAAAUCUUCAAUUUUUCGUUCCAUCAUUUGCAAAGAUUGUUCUCCUGUUUCAUUGUCGAAACAGUUCUGUGGAGUCAUCGAUAGUUUCCCGCUAAAAUUAACAUUUGUUCAAUUACAUCAAAUAAUGAGAGCUAAGAAUAAUUAAUCAUGUGACGUCAAGUAUUUAACAAUAGGGAAUAGGUACUCUUCUUCAAGAAGUGGACGUAUGAUUAGUAUAGAGGUACAAAAGAACUUACCUUUCCAACCGUUUCGGCGCAGUUUGUGGUCUGACAAGCGUAUUUAAAGAUUUUGUAUGCUCUCUUUCCUUCAUCCUCUUGACGAACUUAUCUCGACUGACAUCGACGUAUCUUUGACGUCGUUCUAUUUCGCUAGCAACACCUCUGCAAACAAGUCGAUGAGUUAAAAAGCGCUCUUUUGUCCAGUGGAAAUGAUUAUCGAUACCUUAGCUUCGAAUUAUGUUCAAUAUCACUCUCAAAAAGUAGCGUCAUACUGUUUAAUUCCGAAAUGACUGGCUGAACAGUAUGUGGCCGUUGGUUAGGCGUCGGGGCUUCGUCGGAAAUACUCAAUUGUUCAAAAUUGGCUGGCAGAUGGUUUGAAUCGCAUUUUAAAGCCCUCUUUUGAAUCCUUUCUAAAUCCCUUCGUUUUUCUUUUACAUUUUCUUCUACAGUUCGCCUAUCCUUCUCCUCUUGUAACCUUUCGAUUUUAUAUAAUUUUUCAAGUUCUCUCUUAGUCCUGGCACGUUGUCCCCGGAGAAAGCCAGCUGAUCUAACUCUUUGUAAUCGAUUUUCUAGUUUUUGAAUGUAAUAAUUCCUUUCUCGAGGCUUCGGUAUAUAAAACUCUUCACUACCAUCAUCGGUAGUCAUGGCGGAUGAUAUAAUAAAAAAGUUACAUUUACUUAUGCAUUUUAUCGCUUUCUUAUCAGUAUCUUAACGUGUUCGGUAAUUUUUUAAAGGUAUUUAGAUAAGAUAUAGUUUCAUAUUUUGUUUCCAUGUGAAAACAUUACACAUCAUGCGCAUGACACAGGCCUAAUGAGGCUAUUUUCAAUUUAAUGCCUUAGGGCACCAUCGAGAAGAAUCGGCUGUUUUAAAAUUUCCUUUGAUCUCAAAUAGGC